ACCUUCAAUCAACUCCAUCAUAAAUCUCACAUCUUACGCACACAAACCAACUUAUCAACCAAAUCGCCAACAUGGGUUUCUGGGACAACAAGGGAGAGAACUACGACCAGGUCUACAACAAUGACAACUUUGAGGAGAACAAGUCUAGCUUGGGCCAUGAGGUGAUUGUUGGAGGAGCAGCCUUUGCCGGCUUCAAGGCGUUCGAGGACCAUCAGCGCAACGAGGGCAAGCCCGUAUCCCACGCCUUUGCAAAGGAGCUACUUGCCGGGUUCGCAGCUGCUGAGGUUGACAAGCUCGCCGAGACCAAGGGCGAGGACUGGUUCGACCGCGAAAAGGCCAAGCGCGAUGCAAAGAAGCACGCUGAGCAGAUGUACGACGACCAUUACGUCGACAACCACGGCGCAGAUCAAUACGACCCCAACCAGUACAGUGGUCCCCAGCAGUUCGACAAUCGCAGUUGGUAGGCGGGAGAUUGACGGACGGGGAGGUUGUGAUUGGUCAACUCUUACAGAAAGUUUCACAUGAACCAAUCAUGUACUAGCUUAGGCUUGUAAUCCGUGCUGCUUACUCUACAAUGCUUAUUGCAAAUGCUAACAAUGCUUACAAUGCUUACUCUGC